GCCAAAAGGAGUGAAUUAUUCGAACAAGCUAUUCAAGAUGUUACGAUUGUCCUAAAAACGGUUAUAAUUUUUGUUAAAAAUUGUAGAACGGAUGUUUUAUUUAAUGAAUUUUUACAGGAAUGGACUGGUGUAAAAUCUUCAGCAAAUAAAAAUACAUAA